AUGCCUAGCUCUCGCAACGCUCAACUCGCUUUGCUCAAAUUCUACUCAUGCAAGGUUGCUGCACGAAAAAAUUGCCAGGAUCAAUUGCUUUCCUCGUGCUGGGAAUACUUCAAAGACUUUUCAACAAAGGUCGCCUGCUUCCAUGAUCUACAGCCAUACAUCUCAUCUUUGGACAGGGUAAAGCAAGAGAAAUUGGUCGAGCUCUCAAGUGAUAUUGCUCGAGAGAUUCGACCCGAGCCAGAGAGUUCAGAGUCAAAAAAGGUGCUGUGGAUCACAUCAGAGAUCAACGUGCUGAAGCUCGAAUAUAAUCUCGUUAUCUCGAGAGACGACAAUACGUUCAAGGAUGGCCUCCUCCAAGAAUUUGUUUGCAAUUGUCUCCGACUCUAUAGGCUUUCAUUGAAAUAUGAUCUCAAACUCCCAGUGAGCGAUCGCCUACCCGGAGAUGACGCAGCUUUGUUGGCUGCCAUGGGUCUCAUUCGUCUAUACAAAACUCGGCAAAAGUACCCAGAGCACAAUAACGCAUUGUUGCGAAGCGUUGUUGUCCUGGAACAUCUGCUCCUGCGCUCCAAACACAACUACGACGCGUUAUUGAUCCUAGUCCGGCUCUACAUAUUUCUAGGUGCAGGGUCUCUGGCCAUGGAGCGAUACUCUCGGCUGUCAAUAAAAAACCUACAACAUGCGACAGUCUCGUGGGUACUUUAUACCCGUAUAUCGACAAUGCACCCGCAUCUGGUGACCAUAUCUCGUCCGAACGGCGGAGGCCAGAUAACUAUCGACCCGGCAUUCGACAUGGCCCAAGCGUUAGACUGGCAUAAGUCUGCCUCGGAUCUCAGCAAAAGAUCUGUAACAUCGAUGCAGGAAAACGGCCAGUGGAGCAUGUCCUUGGACGCUCUCUCUACCAGCACUCAUAUCGAGUCCGGAUUCUCAAAGCUUCUGCUUCUCGUUGAGACUAAACGGAUAGCGCGCUUUGUCUCCGUGUCUCAUGAGAUCCAAAGCCUGGAUAUCAUGCUAAUUCCUCCUCGGACAAAGGAUGCCCGGGACCGAUUGGCGUUUCCAAACUACGAAGCUCAUGGCCAGCUCACAUUCGAAGAAACUCUACCCUCAGCAGGCCCAACCAUUGAUACAAACGAUAAAUGGUUGGAGCACCAACUCAGCCUGGCAAAGUUCUGGGACAUGCUCCACAACAACGGUCAUAGCUCGAUCGAUGAGGCUGGAUUGGCUGCAAUGAAACAGAACAGCGGGUCAGACCCAAAUGCCUCUACCGACGCGGAGUCCACGAUAGGCGUGGUUCUAGAAAUCCUUCAGGAGCUAUACAUGGUCUUCUACCAAAAGCCACCAACGAUUGAAGGGAAGUUUGUCGGCGCAUGGCUUCGCAACACUGUGGACAAUCUCGAGGUGUAUAUUCCUACCGGCUCGCAGACCCUAGAGUCAAACAUGAAAGCCGGAAUGAAUGCUUCUGCACGACUGGGGAAGAGCCUGAAAAUACCGCUUUGGAGUUACUUUCAUUCUAUGUAUACCUACUUGGAGCUUUGCAAAUAUUUGAUUCCACUCCUCGACUACGUGCUUGCAGAGAAUCGCAAAUGCAAACAUGUCGAUGCCACUUGGCUGGGCUCCAAGCUAGCAAGAUUUCGAGAAGAAGGCAAAAAGCUGUCUGUCAAUGUUCGGCUCUCUGUGACAGAGCUGCGAGAUAAGCUGCGAGGCCCCGCUGUCCUUCAAGAAAUCACUGGAGAGGUAUCAAGGGUUACCAACAAAGAUGAAUUGGAGGAUGUGAUUGGGACGGAGCUCCGUUGCUUGGGGAAAGAGUCAACUAUGAUCUGCAAAGACAUACAAGAAAGCUGGAUCGAGGCAUUAGAUGGAAUCAUUACGAACCAAGGUCGCAUAAAUUGA